AUGUCAGCUUCUCACAUCCUACCUACACUAACCCAACUCAAGUUCGAGAAGAUUUUGGUCCUCAACCUGCCCUCCCGUACCGAUCGUCGCGAUGCAAUGAGUCUUGCAGCAGCAAUUUCCAACAUCAAGCUCGAAUUUGUCGAAGGCGUAACAGGGGAGAGUAUCAAAAACAAGGCAUAUCCUCUACCAGAAGAGAACAGAAAGCUUUCAGCCGGCAUUCGAGGAAGUUGGAGAACACAUAUGAACGCCCUACAACAAAUAGUCAAUCAAAACCUAACCACAGCCCUCAUCCUCGAAGACGACGUAGAUUGGGACACACGCAUACGUCAAAACCUACAACGCUUCGCCCUCGCCUCCCGCUUCCUAUCCUCAAACCACACGUCCAUCCCCCUCUCCAAACUGCAAGCCCACCGAAACACCGAAACAACACAUACCGCCCUCCAAAUCAUCGACACAACCAACCUCGCCAAAAAGCUCAUCUCCCUCCCUCUAUCAUUCCUCCCACGCCAAUCCCACCUUACCCACACCUCAUCACCACCAUCACCCUACGGCGACCCCACAAAAUGGGACAUACUCUGGCUCGGCCACUGCGGAACCGGCAUGCCUCGUGCAGCCCACGGUCAAAAAUCCCAAGUCUACGACCACGCAGUCCACCGCUGGAUAACCCUAACGCACACCAACGACGCCACGCCCAUCCUUUCCAAGGCGAACUAG